UUUAAUGUCAGCACAACAAUGGAAAAAUUGCUCUGUGGAUUUCGUAAUUCCAUGUAAGUCCAUGUCUUUUCUACCCUAGCACAAAAGUGUGUUUGCCCAUCAAACUCUGAUCAUUUUUUCUAACACGUCCAUAUUUCUGCAGUUAAACUUGCCUGACUCUGCCUGUUCGCUAUUUGUUUUAGCAGUGCAAAGUGCAAACUAACUUCCAGAUGAUCCAAACUUUUGUACGGUGCUACUGGAUUUAUAAAUAACUGAGAGACCAGGCUAGAAAACACUUCUGUUCAUUGAGCUGGAGUCAAACAAAGAGCAGCAGAGAUUCUUUCAGGACUGAAUGAGAUUCAACAAGUCAGAUCAGGAGAUCCAGAUUUAAAUAAACAUCUAAAAACACCGGCCGAUCCAUAAGCUGUUCUGUGUGAAAGAGGAAAGAAAACCAGCAAAGAAGACCUGUAUGAAGUGUGAGAACUCCAGUAUCCUCUUUGUUUCAUUUAAUGAUGAUGCUUAUUUUGGAGCUAAAUGAAGAUGUGGUUCUGUACAAACAUAUGAAGUGAGAAAAUGUGAAUAUUAAAUAGCUCCUAAAAUCAAUCUUGUGCUAAUUAUAACUGGCUUAUUGCUGCCUGGAUUUUAUAGAUUGCUUAUUCAGUGUUUUAACAUUUUGAGUGUUUCCUGUCAAUCUUGGAGGAAAUUAAACUGAAUUGCAAACAUUAUAAAACAGCUGCAGUCACAUUUGUCUGACUCCACCCCUUCAGUGUGGAGUUUUCAGGGAAUUGAAAGUGUGGUGCAGCACUCCUGAGCAGACUAAACAGGUUGAUCAGAAGCUGGCAAGAAAAGAACAAAACUCAGGGGUUCAUCAAAUUCCAAAUUUUUUCUAAAAAAGAGUUGACAAGGACUUUGUUCAACACUGAAUUAUACUCAACAAAUCUAAGGAGGACCUCCUGCUGGAAAACAUGUCUGACAGCAUACAAACAAAAAGGAGAAGAACAGAUCCACAAACUGUCCUCUGUGACAUGUGUGCAGAGGACAGGAAACCAGCAAAGAAGACGUGCAUGAAGUGUGAGAUCUCUAUGUGUGUCCAGCACCUCCAGGCCCACCUGACCACACCUGUGUUACUGCAGACUCAUCCUCUGACUGAACCCAUGGCUUUAUGUGGGAACACCAAAUGUUCUCAGCACGGCAAGCUCCUGGAGUACUACUGCUUGGACGACAUGACCUGUGUUUGUGUUUCCUGCGCCAUUGAGGACCAGCACCGCCUACACAAUAUGAAGACCUUCUCCACAGCCCACAAAGAGCUCCUGGAGAAGCUGAAAGCUGAGCAGCUGAUCUUACAGGAGAAAACAGACGAUGAGAAUGUGAGUCUGGAAAAGUGGGAGAAGAGUGAAAGAGGGAAGCUGGGUCGCUGCAGUGUGCGUCUGAUUGAGGCUGUGACUAAGCUGCGUGACAUCUCUCUGACCAGCGUCCAGAGCUCGGUCUCUGCUCGUAUGGUGUCCCUGAAAACCAGCAAGAGCAGCCUGGAAGCAGCACAGAAGGAGAAGGACACCUUCAGAUUCCUGCAGAUGUAUUCUCAGGUGCAUCAGGAUGUGGAGGAGGCCAAAGCUGAGGAUCUGAGUAAAGGGCUGGAGCCGGGCAGCCAUCGGGACAAACUGGUUGAGGAGAUGAGACAGAAUGGGGAGAAGAUGGUGAAGCAAGCGUCUCAUUUCUGGGGAUCAUUGCUGAUUCUGGUUGAUCCUGAGCACCACCAGGAGCUUGUUCCCACUGGUUCAGACCUGAUCUUUGAGCCACAGUCUCUGGGUCCUGGCAUGUCACUGCCAAAGACAACAGGAAGGUUUUCCACAGUCAGUGGAUGAAAUUUUGUUCUUCUAACUUGUUCCUCAUUAAGGGUACACUUCCUGUUCCUGACUUUAAGAGAUGGGUGAUCAGCAUUUCCAAAGACUGUGACUGGACCAUCAGUGUAUAUGACGACACUUAUGCAGCCAGUAUGGAGGAUGGA